AUGACUGAUAUUCUGAAGCGAGCCAGAAUGACGGAUUGUAAGGCACUUAUUACUCUUGUUGCUUUGACUCGGACUGAGGAUGAUUUGUCAACGCCCUAUGCUGACCCUACUCACUACCGUAGUUUGGCUGGGGCUUUGCAAUACCUCACUGUGACUCGGCCUGACUUGUCAUUUGCGGUUAAUAAGCUUUGCCAGCACAUGCAUGCCCCUACUACUAGGCAUUGGGCUAUGCUGAAGCGUGUUUUACGGUAUGUGAAAGGGACUUUGAAUUUUGGUUUGCAUAUUUGUCGGUCUGAUUCUGUUGGUAUUCAUGCGUUUUCGGAUUAUGACUGGGCUGGUGAUCCUAGUGAUCGGAAGUCUACUAGCGGGUUUGCUGUCUUUCUCGGUCGUAAUCUGGGUUCGUGGGUCUGUCGAAAGCAACGGACUGUGGCUCGGUCAUCAACUGAGGCUGAAUACAAGGCUUUAGCUGAUGUGGCUGCGGAGUUACUUGGUUGGUUUCGCUUUUGA